CAAGGCAAUUAUGAGUAAUUUUCAGGUGGACAAUAACCUUCGCUUUCAAUACUCUUGCGCGAGGGAACGCCGCCUGAGCGCAUGUCUUAUAAUCUAUAUAUCGUGGUGUUUCAUUGUUUUAUCCUGUUACUUUGUUAGUAUCUGGGCGAGGUAUGAAGAUAAGUAUGAAGCAAUUGAUUUACUGUACUACCUAAUGUACUGUAUCUUAUGGAAAAUCAUGAUUCUUCUUGAUGCCCAGUUUGCCUGCACUGUGAGUUUAGUAUGUGACCGAUUUAAAGCUAUUAAUGAAAGUUUGAGUCGCACUGCUACAAUCCUGUGCAAACCAUAUGUUGCUGGUGAAGAUCGCUUGUCCAAUUCUCCCAUUGACGCCGUGCAGCGAUUUGCUUCGAUUCAUGGCAUCUUGUGCGAUUUGGUGGACCAAGUCCAAAAUAGCUACAGCAUCUCUUUGGUCCUAGUAGUUAUUUCAUCGCAAUUUCACCUCAUCACCACUGUCUACUUUGGCAUUACACAAUUCAAUGUGAACGAUAAUGGCAUGAUGACGUUUGUUAUAUUGCAAGCUAUGUCGUGUUCACUCCACUUGCUGAGGUUGUUGAUGUUGGUGGAGCCGUGCUACUACACCACAGCAGAGGGCAAUAACAUGAAACGUAUAGUAUGUCGCAUGCUGACGGCGGCCCCGACUUCUGGCAAGAUGGCGUUCCAUCUAGAGGUGCUCUCUCGCCAGCUCAUGAUGAGGACAGUCUCCUAUAGGCCGAUGGCUGCUUGUGCAUUGGACAGACCUCUUUUAGCUGCAGUAUUCGGAGUUGUAAUCACCUAUUUGGUUAUGCUGAUACAGUUUCAAAAUUAUGAAACUUAAAUACACUGGUAUACCCACUGCUUUUUUCAUUAUCAUCAUUAUCAAUAUUUGUGAUUCUUAAGUAAAAUAUUUCAAGUAACUUUUGAGGAGUUGUUACCUCAGUACUAACAAUUGAUGUAUUUUUCGACUUCAGCUCAUUGCUACCGAAUGUUGUAUUGUAAGUUAGCACGGAUAAUACUGUUAUUUUUCGUUUGAAUUUCUCUUUAAUAUAAUUCAUUGGCAAUUUUCGCAGUGAUCGAUAAAUUGUCGAAUGCACAGAAGGUUGCAAACCUUUAUUUUAUUCUAUUAACAAGUUUUCUUGAUAAAUAAAUGUUACUGAUUUUUG